AUGUCAUCUGCUUCUAACAUUUACAAGAAUAAUGUUCUUUUUGCCAUUAAGCAAUCUGGAUUUAAAUUAUUUGAGGCUCAGAACAAGCUUGAGCAUGUCAAGCAAGAAACUCUCUCUUAUCUUCUUCAUCUUCAAAAACAGAAAAAGCUGCUUUGUGACUGGGCUGACAAAUUUCUUGAGUCCAAGUCAAAGUUUAUAGAGGAUUUGGAAUAUCUUAAGAAGGAGAAGCAGAAAAGAGUGGCUGAACAGACAGAGAUUCAGAGUCUGCUUGCUUUAUUAGAUAAUUCUUCUUUCUCAGAUUCUCUUUCAGUUGUCUCUGAUUUAUUUAUUAAUGCUCUGCUGAUGUAUAAUGGUGCUUUUGUCAAUAAUGAGACAUGA